CUCGGUCCCCGGUGCUUCGAGUGCCGCCUCUCUCGGUGUAGCUGAGCCACGGCCUCGAGUAACCCUCUGCCGCCCGCGGGCCAGGGAGAGGUGGGAGGAGCUGCCACGCCCCGCGACCGCACCCAGUCAUCUCCAGCCGGCAGCCAACCGCCUUGAGCCCACCUUCCUCCCCUUCUCAAAGCAGUGACGCAAGGCACAGCCGCAGCCAGUCCACUCCUGCCCGGACCAAAAGGGCGACAUUCGAGUGAUAGGCGGAGUGUCCCGUGGCACUGACUUGGGACCCGGAAGGGACCAGAAGGAACUCUGGUGUCUUUUGGUAAUUGUGGUUGCUUGAAGCUUGUCGCCCCCUGGCCUACCGGGGGAGGAGAGCAUGUUGUCCUAAGCCCAACAACAGCCAGUCCAAGCACAGUCUGUAGAACUGGCACUCUUAAUAGUUGGGCGAAAUGGCUAUGACACUAUUGGAAGACUGGUGCAGGGGAAUGGAUGUGAACUCUCAGAGAGCUCUGUUGGUCUGGGGGAUCCCUGUGAACUGUGAUGAGACCGAAAUCGAAGAGACCCUCCAAGCUGCGAUGCCCCAGGUAUCCUAUCGAGUACUGGGGAGAAUGUUCUGGAGGGAAGAAAAUGCGAAAGCAGCCUUGUUAGAGCUCACUGGGACGGUGGAUUACUCCCUGAUCCCCAGGGAGAUGCCAGGCAAAGGAGGGCUCUGGAAAGUAGUGUUUAAGCCCCCCACUUCCGACGCGGAGUUUUUGGAAAGGCUGCACCUCUUUCUAGCUAGGGAAGGGUGGACGGUGCAAGAUGUUGCUCGUGUGCUUGGGUUUCAGAACCCUGCUCCAGCCCCAGGCCCGGAAAUGCCAGCAGAGAUGCUCAACUAUAUUUUGGAUAAUGUUAUUCAACCUCUUGUUGAGUCCAUAUGGUAUAAGAAGCUGACUUUGUUCUCCGGGAGGGACAUCCCCGGGCCUGGCGAGGAGACCUUUGAUUCCUGGCUGGAGCACUCGAAUGAAGUCAUAGAGGAAUGGCAGGUGUCUGAUAUAGAAAAGAGACGGCGGUUGAUGGAGAGUUUGCGAGGCCCGGCUGCCGAUGUCAUUCGCAUCCUCAAGACCAACAACCCUGCUAUAACCACGGCAGAAUGCCUGAAGGCUCUUGAGCAGGUGUUUGGGAGCGUGGAGAGCUCUAGAGAUGCACAGGUCCGAUUUCUGAACACUUACCAAAACCCAGGAGAAAAGUUAUCUUCUUACGUUAUCCGUCUGGAGCCUCUGCUGCAAAAGGUAGUGGACAAGGGGGCCAUUGAUAAAGAUAACGUGAACCAGGCUCGCCUGGAACAGGUCAUCGCUGGGGCCAACCACAGCGGGGCCCUCCGAAGGCAGUUGUGGCUGGCUGGGGCUACAGAAGGGCCUGCACCCAACCUCUUCCAGUUACUGGUGCAGAUUCGAGAGGAGGAAGCCAAAGAGGAGGAGGAGGAGGCCGAGGCUGCCCUUUUGCAGCUAGGUCUAGAGGGGCACUUCUGAAUCCCAGGACUGGCCAGGCUGCUUUUGAUAUUCCUGUGAAGUUUUAGUAAGCCUGUCCCUCAAAGUAAACAGCCAGCCUCCUC